CCCAAUGGGAAGGCGCUUCCUAGUGGCAGCAAAGAGUUUGUAGAGACAGUUCCGGUGUGGGGCGCCGCAUUCCCGUACCAGCCCCGGGUCGCGGCUUUUCUCCCUCUCUGGUGUUUUACGCGAGAGGAGGACAUGUCAGGUCGCGGAAAGCAGGCCGGCAAAGCGCGGGCCAAGGCCAAGUCCCGCUCCUCCCGCGCGGGCCUGCAGUUCCCAGUGGGCCGCGUGCACAGACUGCUGCGCAAGGGUAACUACGCCGAGCGAGUGGGCGCGGGGGCGCCGGUGUACCUGGCGGCGGUGUUGGAGUACCUGACGGCGGAGAUCCUGGAGUUGGCUGGCAACGCCGCGCGGGACAACAAGAAAACCAGGAUAAUUCCUCGCCACCUGCAGCUCGCCAUCCGCAACGACGAGGAGCUGAACAAACUGCUGGGGAAAGUGACCAUCGCUCAGGGCGGCGUCCUGCCCAACAUCCAGGCCGUGCUGCUGCCCAAGAAGACGGAGAGUCAGAAGGCGAAGAGCAAGUGACCCUGACGCCGCCACCGGGGAGCCGGCUUCCCCAGCAAAGCCUCUUUUCCUAGCCGUCCCACAGUGAUUUUUGGCUGUGCUGGAUGUCUUGGAGGGCCGGUGCGAUCUAGCGGGGAGGUGGGCGGCCAGGGGCCGGUCGGGGUCGAGAGCUAAUAAAGUCAGUGAAAAGCGUA